UGUACAUGUGGGCAAGUCGCGUAGAUUCAAGCUAUGCAAGUGAUGAAACUCUUAGUAGCGGCAGGUGCCACUUAUCCCGAUCUCUAACCCCUAUAGACCAAUAUACAAGGAAAACGUAUCGAAUCAUAACGAGAGAAAAAAGAAGCGCCGUGUUAAUGAAGGUGUUAAUUAAUAAGCAACCUUUGAAACAAAAACCAAAGACAGGUGAUUGAGAGACACCAUGGGGUUUGACGCGUACUAGGAAAAUCGAAUAGCUGAUAAGGCUAAAAAUUUCUCUCAAAGGGUCUGGCGUACAACCAUACAGACUGGAAAUAGUUGCAAAAGUUCCGGAGAGAUGCUAUUCUUGUUCGUCUAAUAUUCUAACGGAGACCCUCCCACGCUCUAUCCCAUAGCUAUAGCCAACAACUCUCUG